AUGUCGUUCUUACUUGACGUUGCAGAUCCCUCGAUACACUUCCACGCCCGCCAGGGUUGCAACUCACCCUCCCCUUCGACCUCACCCUCAAAAACCCCUUCCAUCAACCCCAUCGACGCCGCCGCUACCUCCUCCUCCUCCUCCUCAAGUAAAGACGCAAAGUCUUCAAUAUCCGGAAGACCCAUCUCGGCCCUCACCUCCCGUCUCGGAGCCAUCGCCACCGCGUCUUCCACCUCCUCAAGUACUCCCUCCAACACCUCAAGUAAUAAUCACCUCGGCGUCCCCACAUCAUCAAUGUUCUCGGCAAUGUCAAGGAUGAUCCGCCAAGUCUCUGCCAGCACAACCCCCAUGGCCUCAUCACCUCCCUCGGGGGCCAACACUCCCGAUGCAUCAACGGCCCAUGUCUCGGACCCGUUUCAUCGGGCCUCGCCCAUGUCGACUAUCGGGUCUGCGCUGUCGUCACCCUGGAUGAAGCCCUCGGUCUGUGAUGACGAUCAUAUGAACAAGUUGGUAUCCUUCCAGCUUUGA